AUGCCGCUCAAUUUCAGAGGGGGCUUUACCCGAAUAUGGCAAAUGGUGGGAUACCACCAUGUGCUCAUGAUUUUCAUCGCGGUUGCUAUCAUAUUACUCUGCAUGGCAGCACAUGCUGACGGUCCCUUUCCCGCUUUUCUAGCCAUGUUAUUAGCGGGCUGUUCGUCGUCAUCGCCGCAAAUACCUACGAUAUUUCUUAUAUCAAUAUACUAUGAGAAAUAUACACCGAGCUUUGAUCCCGCCCAGGUGGAUCCAGGUGUGACGACGGCUAUUGCGAACAUUGUGGGAGGUACAACCAUGGAGGUUCGAGUGGGAUUCUUUGGUAUCUGCAUUAUGCCCGAGGCGGGAUCUUUCAUCUGCAAUGCCAAUGCUACGGCGCUGGCUGAGGUUGUGUCAGUUGACCAAGAUCCCCUCAAUUUGAUCUGGCUAGCGGAGAGGUUUAAGGAUACUGUUGUCUUUCCAUAUUUAAUCAUCGUCGCUAUCGUGCUCGCCUUUCUCUGUUUCAUUCUGCUCGCAACAUUUCCCGGGUGGCACGAAGAGAUCGACGCCAGCGGCUCAGAACGCGAAGUGAGACCAUUCCCGUCACGGCCAGUAUCGCAGGUUGCCUUAACCCUUAUUGGUAUUUCCUCGGUGUUCGUCCUAGUUUCAGUGCUGUGGCAACAUACCGCUUCGGUUGCCGCGAGUACGAUGGUGCAAGAUCUGGGUAAUGGCAGUAUCAAAAGCGGCGUCGGUAGUUCGGCCAUGGUUCUGGGCUGGUUUGGAUUUGGGCUUCUUGUUGUCGUAACAAUAGGGUUGCUAGUUAUGAUUCUCAGUAUCAGUAUCCUAAGCAGGUUAACUGAUGAGGACUAA